UGGGAGACCAGAUAUAGUGAAUGCAGGGUCCUGGGAGACCAGAUAUAGUGAAUGUGGGGUCCUCGGAGACCAGAUAUAGUGAAUGCAGGGUCUGGGGAGACCGGAUAUAGUGUGGGGUCCUGGGAGACCAGAUAUAGUGAAUGCAGGGUCCUGGGAGACCAGAUAUAGUGAAUGUGGGGUCCUCGGAGACCAGAUAUAGUGAAUGCAGGGUCCGGGGGAGACCAGAUAUAGUGAAUGCAGGGUCCUGGGAGACCAGAUACAGUGAAUGCGGGGUCCUGGGAGACCAGAUACAGUGAAUGCAGGGUCCCGGGAGAUCAGAUACAGUGAAUGCAGGGUCCCGGGAGAUCAGAUACAGUGAAUGCAGGGUCCCGGGAGAUCAGAUACAGUGAAUGCAGGGUCCCGGGAGACCAGAUACAGUGAAUGCAGGGUCCCGGGAGACCAGAUACAGUGAAUUCAGGGUCCCGGGAGACCAGAUAUAGUGAAUGCAGGGACUCAGGGGUGUGCUACAUACAGAUUGCAGGACUCAGGGGUGUGCUACAUACAGAUUGCAGGACUCAGGGGUGUGCUACAUACAGAUUGCAGGACUCAGGGGUGUGCUACAUACAGAUUGCAGGACUCAGGGGUGUGCUACAUACAGAUUGCAGGACUCAGGGGUGUGCUACAUACAGAUUGCAGGACUCAGGGGUGUGCUACAUACAGAUUGCAGGACUCAGG